AGGAUGGAGCACAGAGGGAGAAACGCCGCCGCUGCUGCUGUAGCCUCACAUCGCGGUCAGACCCUCUGAAAACCCGCUCUACAAUUAACCAGCUCCCUUUAAUUUACACCCAGACUGCGGUUUUUAUUUUUCUGCCUCUUUUCACAUUCAUUUCACCGCUGACAUCUUGGCACCAGACCCCUUCAUCUGUCUGUCAACACGCCGGCUUCGACUGUCUGUCAGCGGGGGGAAAGCAGAGAAAAAUCCCGCUGUAAAAAAAAAAUCAAAAUACAUUUUUUUCCAAAAGGUUUUCACCCGGACACACCUUCCUGACUGACUGCUCUGUCACUGCUGCCAUCAACAUGGAUGAAGACAAUCACGUUCCUGAGGAUCUGUCCCCGGAGGAGAGGGAUGAGCUGUCAAACAUCCGGCGCAGGAAGAGAGAGCUGCUCGAUGAUAUUGAGAGGUUGAAGUUUGAGAUAGCAGAAGUCAUGACGGAGAUCGAGCAGCUGACGUGUGUCGGAGAAAGUAAAACAACCCAGAGAAACAAACAGAUUGCCAUGGGCAGGAAGAAAUUCAACAUGGAUCCAAAGAAGGGAAUCCAGUUCCUGCUGGAGAACGACCUCCUCCAGCACACCCCCGAAGAAGUCUCCCAGUUCCUCUACAAAGGAGAAGGCCUCAACAAGACGGUCAUCGGAGACUACCUGGGCGAACGGGAGGACUUCAACCUCAAGGUGCUGUCGGCUUUUGUGGAGCUGCAUGAGUUCGCAGACCUCAAUCUGGUCCAAGCACUAAGGCAGUUUCUGUGGAGUUUCCGUCUGCCAGGUGAAGCCCAGAAGAUUGACCGUAUGAUGGAGGCGUUUGCAGCGCGGUACUGCCAGUGCAACCCGGGGGUCUUCCAGUCCACAGAUACCUGCUACGUACUGUCCUUUGCCAUCAUCAUGCUGAACACCAGCCUCCACAACCCCAACGUCAGAGACAAGCCCCCCGUGGAGCGCUUCAUCUCCAUGAACAGAGGCAUCAACGAGGGGGGGGAUCUGCCCGAGGAGCUUCUCAGGAACCUUUACGACAGCAUCAAAAACGAGCCCUUCAAAAUCCCAGAGGAUGACGGGAACGAUCUCACGCACACGUUCUUCAACCCCGACAGAGAGGGCUGGCUCUUAAAGCUUGGCGGCAGGGUGAAGACGUGGAAGAGACGGUGGUUCAUCCUGACCGACAACUGCCUCUAUUACUUUGAGUACACAACAGAUAAAGAGCCUCGUGGGAUAAUUCCUCUGGAGAACCUGAGUAUCAGAGAGGUGGACGAGCCCAGGAAACCUAACUGCUUCGAGCUGUACAAGCCGAACCACAAAGGUCAGGUGAUCAAGGCCUGUAAGACGGAGGCGGACGGGCGAGUCGUCGAGGGCAACCACGUGGUGUACAGGAUAUCUGCCCCGACGCCGGAGGAGAAGGAGGAGUGGAUCAAAUCCAUCAAAGCGAGCAUCAGCAAAGAUCCUUUCUACGACAUGCUGGCCACCAGGAAGAGGAGGAUAGCCAAUAAGAAGUGAUGACCGUCACACCGUCAAACACACCUGAGUCCUCGUAUGUGUGUGUGUGUGUGUGUGUGUGGUGAAGGCCUCAUGUGUGUUCUUUCACGGCUGGAAGACAGCAGCAGGUGCUUGUCUUUGGGACUGAAAUGGAUCAUUGGCGUGCACCUGUGUGUGAGGGACUCUGAACACUGAUUAGGGGGACUGUAUGGACAAAAAACUGGAUUAAAACAAAUGGACAAAAGGAACAGGACUACAGCCAUGACUGGAAUCAUGGGAAAUCUUUGCAUAGUGUGCCCUCUGGUGGACGCAUGAGGAUGAGCUCAUACGUGGCUUUUCCUUAUUUGGCGUUGACUCCCAGAUACCAGGAAAACAUCUUAUUAUCUUCACCUCACAUGUUCUUCUGCUACAGAAAGCCUCAAGCUUAUUAAAUCAGCUGGUCUGAUUGUUAGUGACUGUAUCUGUACAUGCAAACACAGAUUUAUUCUAAAAAGCUCAUAUUUCAUUUACAGUAGGGCUGCAACUAAUUAUGUAUUGAUUAAUCUGAUUAAUUUUUUGGUUUAUAAAAGGCCAGAAAAUAGUGGAAAAUGUCCAUGACAUAGGGCUGCUCGUGCUCGAUUAUGGCAAAAAUCAUAAUCUCGAUUAUUUGGGUCAAUAAUUGAUAUGAUUAUUAAAAACGAUUAUCCAUUUACUUUGAAAACAUCAAUUUAUUGGAGAAAAAAAAUUGGAAGUGUUUUUAACAGUUGAUUACCCUGAACUUUAAGUAUAAUUCAACUGAAACAAUAUUUAAUAACAAAAAUAAAUAAUAACAAAAUAAUCGUUUUAUUUCGAUUACGUUGUUUUCGUAAUCGUUGCCAGCCAUAACCGUAAUUGCGAUUAAAAUACGAUUAAUUGAGCAGCCCUACCAUGACAGUUACCGAAGUCCAAGGGGAUGGCUUGGUUUGUUCCAAAACCUAAAGAUAUUCCAUUUAUUAUGAUGUAAAACAGAGAAAAUCAUUGAAAUCACGAUAUUUUAUAGGCUAAAAAAAGCAUUUUUGGAAAUGUCUUCAUAAAUAAAUGCCUUAUUGAUCUGUUAUUAUGGAUUAUACAUAAUUGUUGCAGCUCUUAUAUUUCAAGGCAAAGGAAUUGGUGCAGGUUAUGUAUACUCUCAAUAUAUAUAAAGCCCCUUUAAAGUGUCCUCAAACACUAACACACAUCCUAUUUUCUGUCAUUUUAUGUAUUGAAGAUCCACCUGUGUUCAUUUAUUUUGUAUUUAUUUUCUUAAUUUGGUUAACAAAAGAGGCAGCCCCCCCCCCCGUCAUUUACAUUAUGCAUGUGUAGAAUAUAUUGUACAUACUGUUCCUUUGUUUCUUCCUCUGUUGUGUUUAUGUAGCAUGUAAAUCAUAUCGGCCUGUACCCGUUCACCUGUUUUAGUUUGAACCGCUGAGUUUACAGAAGUGGAGGAGCAGCGACUCCUCCGCCUCACGAUCAGUUAUUACUGAAGAUCAGAGAAUACAUGAAGUUAUACGAAGAAAACUCACUGAGCUGGAAAAUGGAGUAAAGUGAGUUAAAAACACCCUGAAAGAAGCUAAAUACUGGACAUUUUAAAACUCGAAUGAUGUGAAAUUGGAAUCUGAUUUUCCCAAACGGAGAUCGAGACGACUUGCCGCCUUUUUUAACAGUAUGUAAUUUAAAGGUUAAUUGAUCUUAGUUUGGGGGAAAUGCUCAUGAAUACUAUGAAUAAAAAUAUGCUGAUCAGAAAA